GGUUUUGUUUGUCAAGAAGAAAGAUGGCUCCAUGAGAAUGUGCAUUGACUACCGGAGGUUGAAUAAGGCGACAGUGAAGAAUCGUUAUCCCCUUCCAAGAAUAGAUGAUUUGUUUGAUCAAUUGUAGGGUGCAUCAGUCUUUUCUAAGAUUGAUUUGAGGUCUGGAUACCAUCAACUGAAAGUGGCAGAUGGAGCAACCUUAAAGACAACUUUUAGAACAAGAUAUGGGCAUUAUGAGUUCCUAGUAAUGCCUUUUGGACUCACUAAUGCGCCAGCGGUAUUUAUGGCUCUUAUGAAUAGAGUUUUCCAUGAAUAUCUUGAUAAGUUUGUGAUUGCGUUCAUAGACGAUAUUCUCAUCUAUUCUAAAAGCGAGGAGGAGCACAAAACUCACCUUAGAAUUGUGCUGCAAAUUCUAAGGGAGAAACAAUUAUAUGCAAAAUUCUCAAAAUGUGAGUUUUGGCUGAAGGAUGUAAUAUUUUUGGGACAUGUAAUUUCUAGAAGAGGCGUGGAGGUGGAUCCGAAAAAGGUGGAAGCAGUGGUAAGUUGGACUCCACCAAAAGAUGUGUCGGAGUUGAGAAGUUUUCUUGGCAUGGCGAGUUACUAUCGGCGGUUCGUAGAAGGAUUUUCCAAAAUUGCUGCACCAUUGACUAAACUGUUGAGGAAGAAUACCAAGUAUGUUUGGGAUGCAUCAUGUCAGAGGAGUUUUGAUGAACUGAAGAAGAGAUUGACCACAUCACCAGUACUUGCACUACCUUCAAGUCAGGGAGAGUUUGUGGUGUAUAGUGAUGCCUCGUAUCAAGGAUUGGGUUGUGUGUUAAUGCAAGAUGGAAGAGUUAUCGCAUAUGUGACACGCUAAAACACAACACCAAACUGCGACCAAGUGUAAUCGCACACCGGGAAUGCAGGAAAGUGGCAAGUUCUAUUAUCAACACUUUCUCUCUCUAAAACUCUGUUUUUGCUCCAAAAAGUCGACUCCCUCUGUUUUUUCUCGAAUUUGCCUCAAAAAUCCGAUUCUGGGCGAAUUACGGGCAGAAUUACGACCGUAAUUGUGGUCUGCCCGUAAUUGCCCAAAACGCGCGUUUCACUUGACUCGGAAGAAGGUAUUCACGGUCGUAAUUUUCCAAUUACCGCCAGUAAUUACUUAAUUACGACCAUAAUUCAAGUGACUCUUGCCCGUAAUUGACUCUGCGACAGGAAUUCUGGAAAUUAGGCUCGACAUUGAAAUUACGGGCAUGCCAGGGACAAUUACGACCGUAAUUGUGCAGGGGCUGCCCGUAAUUUUCCCUUUAAAGCGCAAUCCGACCUCCAAAUGACCCGAAACUUGCGCCUAUGCACCUCUUUACUUGCUAGGACCUGAAAUACGCCAAAACAACACAACCUAGCAUAAAAUAGGCCAAGGAACAAGAAAUUCGAGCUAAAAUGGUCAGGAAACAAAGGUGAAAACAUGUGCAAAUACGAAGUUAUCAAUAUGCCUCUAGGCAAUUGCAUCCUCAUGAAGUAAAUUAUCCCACUCAUGAUUUGGAGUUGGCAGCGGUGGUAUUUGCUCUCAAGAUUUGGCGACAUUAUUUGUAUGGUGAGACUUUUAAAAUCUUAACUGAUCACAAAAGCUUGAAGUAUAUUAUGGAUCAGAAGGAUUUAAAUAGUCGCCAGUGGAGAUGGAUAGAGUCGUCGAAAGAUUAUGAUUUUACCAUUGACUACCAUCCAGGUAAAGCUAAUGUAGUUGCUGAUGCUCUGAGCAGAAAAGGCGAGAAGAAUAUAACGAAUCUGGUUGAUUUGAGGGCAAUGAAUGUGGAUUUGGAAGUGGAUGGUGUAACAGGGUUACUAGCUCGGUUGAACAUUCGACCUUUGUUGCACGACAAAAUUAGUGAGAAGCAGAAGGAGUACCCAGAGUUGGCAAAAAUCAUUCAAGACAUUGAGGAAGUAAAAGAAAGCCCAUUUGAAAUGGUAGAUGGCAUGUUGAAGAUGAAUAAAAGAGCAUGUGUUCCUAAUGUUGAUAACUUGAGGAAAGAGAUCCUAGAUGAAGCUCAUUCUUCUGCUUAUGCUAUGCACCCAGGAGCAACUAAAAUGUAUCACACGAUCAAACCAUAUUUUUGGUGGCGUGGGAAGAAAAAGUAAGCGGCUGAACAUGUUUUCAAAUGUCUGGUAUGUCAGAAAGUUAAGGCAGAACAUCAAGCUCCUGUAGGGAAACUGCAACCACUUCCAAUUCCAGAAUGGAAGUGGGAAAGAAUCACAUUGGAUUUUGUAUAUGGUCUCCCAUCAUCAAGGGGAAAAGAUGUAGUAUGGGUUAUUAUGGACCGACUAACCAAAUCGGCUCAAUUUUUACCCAUUAGGUGGAAACCAUCAUUGGAGCCUUUGCCUCAACUAUAUAUUAAGGAGAUCGUCAGAUUGCAUGGUGUGCCGAUUUCUAUUGUCUCUGAUCGAGACCCGAGCUUCACAUCUCGAUUUUGGCAAAGUUUACAUGAUGCCUUGGGAACUAAAUUGCAUUUUACUUCAGCUUAUCCUCAAACAGAUGGGCAGAGUGAACGAACCAUCCUUACCUUAGAGGAGUUACUUCGAUCGUGUGUAAUGCAAUGGGAGGAAUCAUGGAUUGACCAUUUGCCUUAAGUGAGUUUGCUUACAACAACCAGUACCAUAGUAGCUUGGGUGUUCCACCAUAUGAAGCACUUUUAUGGGAGGAAGUGUAGAACACCAUUAUGUUGGGAUGUAGAAGGAGCAAGGAAAAUCUUAGGGCCAGAGAUAGUCCAGAUCACACUUGACAAGGUCAAGGAAAUCGGAGCGUAUGAGGGUGUCUCAAGAUCGGCAGAAAGUUUAUGUUGACGCGAAUAGGCGUGAAGUUAAUUUCGAAGUGGGUGAGAAAGUAUUUCUCAAAGUGUCACCAUGGAAAGGGGUGAUGAGAUUUGGUAAGAAAGGGAAACUUGCACCUCGGUAUAUUGGUACUUAUGAAAUCAUAGAGAAGAUUGGACCAGUGGCAUAUAAACUGGCAUUGCCUCCAGAACUAUCUCAAAUCCACAAUUUAUUUCAUGUUAGUAUGCUAAAGAGGUACAAAGUGGAUCCUUCCCAUGUUAUACAACCAGAAGAUAUCGAGUUGGGUCCAGAUUUGACAUUUGAAGAGGUUCCAGUUGAGAUUGUUGAUUACCAGAUUAAGAAUCUUCAUAGGAAGGAAAUCCCAAUGUUGAAAGUGGUUUGGAGAAAUCAAGAUAGUGAGAGUGCUGCCUGGGAGACUGAAGCAAGUAUGCGAGAGAAGUACCCUGAGGUAGUAGCAACCUACUUUGCAGGUUAACAAUCUUUCCUAAUAAGUUAUGUUUUGAACUUGUUGAUGUGCUUUUGUUGUGAUAACCCGAUAUAGGUUUUUGAAACCUUAUAUUGGGAACUUGAGGUGUUAUGUGUUACAUUCUAUGUUAUGAAUCGCCUAACCUAAGAGUUAGGUAAUGGUUUAUCUACGAUAGACCAUGUCAAGGGUAAGUGAGCGGACUUAGAAUACAACUCAAGGAUAUAUUUCGGGGACGAAAUCUUUUAAGGAGGGUAGAAUUGUAACAUUCCAUUCCGGCAAAACCCAUAUUUCGAUCGCUAGAAAGUUCGCGAUUUAAAAUCAAGCGUUUUGAUAGUAUUUCGGCAAAUAUCGGAUUAUCGAUCGAUCGGAUAAGUAUACGUAUUAAUUAUAUAUAUAUAUAUAUAUAUAUAAGUGGUCGGGCCGCCUAUAUAUAAUCCUUCCUUCCCUGUCCAUCUUAAUUCUCAUCAUCUUUUCUCAUUUCCAUCCGAGAGAAGCAGAGAAACAGAGAGAGUACAGGGGAGCUCGGGGAGAAUUUACAAAGCUCGAAUCUUGAGCUCUAGUGAUCCAAAAAUCCCGUAACUAAUGCCUAAUUCAUCUAUACAUCGUGAUUUAUCGAUUUAGAGCUUUAAAACGAGUUUUUUGUUCAGGAAUUUCUUGAAUUCCUGAUAAGCUAAAUUAGGGUUUCGGAGUAUCCGUAAGCCGGAUUGAGCCCAAAUUUCAUAUACGAGCUUCUUGCAGCGAGGUAAUCAAUCCUCUAGUUCUAA